UUUAAGAUGGUUGAAGGAUAAUUUGUUUAUAAAGUUUCUAGUAAAUAUCCAUAAUUUAGUAAAUGAAUAUAAUUUUUAAAUAACGAGGAGAACAAACUUGAUGUUUUCAAUAUUUGAUGUAUAAAAAUGCACUAUUUAAAUUCUAUUUAUCAGCUAGUAAUACUGUAAAUAUUUAUAGUUCAUAUACGAAAAAGACAAUGGCUCCAAAAAAACAGUUAACAGGUAAAAUACUUUGUGAGAGAAGAGAAUUAGAUCUACGAAUAACUUUAAAAAGUGGCCAAAGCUUUAGAUGGACUGAAAUUGAAAACGAAAAAAAAUAUCGAGGAGUUUUUGCUGGAGAAGUCUGGACUCUACAUCAAGAUGAUCAGUUUAUAUAUUUUACUGCUCACAGUUCAAAAUUGAAGAACAUAGCUACUUGCAAAAAUGAACUUAUAAAGUACUUCAAUCUCCAACUAUCUUUGAAGGAAAAUCUCGAAAAUUGGUCAAACUGUGAUAGUAAUUUUAAAAAAUUUACUAAUAUUGUAAAUGGAGUAAGAAUUUUAAAUCAAGAUGUUGUAGAAAAUACAUUCUCAUUCAUUUGCAGUGCAAAUAACAAUAUAUCUAGGAUCACAAGUAUGGUAGAAAAGAUGUGUCGCCACUUUGGUGAAAAAAUUUGUUUAGUAGAUGAUCAAUGGUACUACGACUUUCCUAAUAUUGAGAGUCUUGCUGUUGAUAAAGUUCGAGAUAUUUUAACGACAGAAGGUUUUGGCUAUCGUGCGCCUUACAUCCAUAAUACUGCAAAAAAACUGAUCGAAUUAGGUGGAAGAAAAUGGUUGGAAAGUCUUCAUAAAGAUCAAGGAUCAGAAUACGAAAAAGCAAAACAAGCGAUUCAAAUUUUACCUGGUGUUGGACCCAAAGUUUCUGAUUGCAUCUGUUUAAUGUCUUUGGGGCAUCUAGAAGCUAUUCCUGUUGAUACACAUAUUUAUCAAGUAGCACGAGAGACUUAUUUACCGGAUUUAAAAAAAGUUUCUUCAGUUACUCCAGCCAUUUAUCAACUUGUAAAUAAUCAUCUCAGAACUACUUGGGGACCUCUAGCAGGCUGGGCUCAAACAGUUGUAUUUUGUACAAGAAUAAAUGGCAAUGCAAGACGGAAAAAAGGAAGUAGUGCAGAAGAAAAGCCGAAGAAAAAAAUUAAAAAGUGAUAAUUAUUGACAUUUUUUAAAAACUGUUUAAAUACAAUAUUCCAAAAUAGUGUACUGCACCAUGUGAAUUAAUUUUUAUGAAAAAUGUUUUAACAGGUCGUUAACUGAAGUCUGAAAAUAUUGUUCAAUUAUUGAAAAUAUAAUGUUUAAAAUGUUUCUACUUUACAAUA